AUGUCUGAGAUAAACUCGCCAAAGAAGCCAAAACACCGGAACAACCUUUUCCCGGAAGCCAUCAAGCCGUACUCGGACUACAACUCCCACAAGCCCAAGCCAAACUCGCAUUCCAACCUUAAUGGUAAGGCGAACGGUAAUGCCAAUGCAAACGGCAAAACCGGCCAGAGUUCGGACUCCAAACUAUCGUCCUCGUCCCUGUCUUCGUCCGUCAAUACACGCAACUCGCAGAAAAUCAAGGACUUCAUCGAACAGCUCUACCAGCUGAAGCCCGACCAGACCAUUUUGGGCGACAAGGCGAACCAACUUGAAUUCACCAACGCCGACCCUCCAAACGGCCUGAUCACCAAGACGUACUUGAAGUCCCUGGCUUCGAUCCCACAGGCCUGGGUCGAAGAAGUGAAGUCCAAGCACUCCUUGGCUGUAUCGUUCAUCAACACAGAGGUUCUAGCCGACAGCCAGAAGGACGAAGAACCGGAAUCCGCGUCUUCGAAACACGGUGCUGUGAUCAUCGGAGGUGCCGAGAACGACUACACCUGGUUGGCGCUCAUCUCCACCAGACUUUUCAGGAAAGCUGGAGGGGUUCUCCCCAUCGAGGUGAUGCUUCCAACCAAGGAGGACUACUUGAAGGACAGGGAGAUCUGUGACUUGUACCUCCCGCAGUUGAACGCGAAAUGUGUGAUCAUCAAGGAUCUCUUGGACGCUUCCACCGCGACGAACGCUGAGCUCGACGACGACCUCAACAAGUACAUCUGGAAUAAUUUCACGUUGAUCAAGAGAGAGUUGGCGAUCUUGCUGUCGCGGUUCGAGAACGUCUUGUUCUUGUCGCCGGAGAACGUGAUGCUGAAGCCGAUGGAGUACGCUAUCUUCGACAAGCAGUUCUACAAGGACUUUGGGCUGUUUGUGUGGGGUGACUACGGGGCCCGGACCACGCUUCCCGCCUUCUACGAGAUUGCCGAUCUAGAGGUGAAGAACGCGAAGACAAGCGUGUACGGUCUCCCGUUGACGGAGGAGCUGAUUUCCAAGAGCGCCAAGCUGACGUCGGAGGAGCUCAGCGACGGAGUGAACUUCCACGACUUGGAGAACUCGCUCCCAUACAAGCAGAGCGAUGCGUCAGAGCUCAUCAUCGACAAGAAGCAGCAUCUGGGCACGCUCUUGCUCUCGCUCUACUACAACUUGAACGGCCCGGACGCGUAUUACGUGCUCUUGACGGGCCGGUUUGACGGGGCGCACGGGGCCAAGGAGACGAUUCUCGCCGCGGCCCACGUUCUGAGCAAGCAGUACUACCUCAUCAACAGCGAGGUGGAGAGCAACGGGUACUGGUACGACGACGAGUUCAAGGGCGUGUCGAUGAUGCAGUUCGACCCCAUUGUGGACUACUACUCGUACGAGGCGUUCAUCGACAAGUUCUCGCGCAAGGAGGGGUAUGAGGUGAGCUACAACAAGUACCAGAGGUGGCUCAAGGAGUCGAGCGAGAGACGCAGCCCGUUGUUCCUCAACAUCAACAACCCGCCAUUGAAGCCGAUCGAGUUGAUCCAGCAGGGCACCGUUGUCAAGGAGAACGGGGACCGUGUCAGACUCAUUGCCGACACCAGCUACUUCGACGCGGAGUUUGAGACCGACAUCUGGCGGGUGAUGAACGACUACAUCUGCCAUCUCUCGCUCGAAUGCAGCUACGUGAAGACCUGGUUCGGCAAGGGCAACUCCAAGAAGAGAGACGCCUUCUGCAAGGGCGACAUCAAGGAGCACCUUUUGUGGGUGUCAAGUCUCGGCAGCACCGCCGACGCCGAUCUCGACGUCUGA